AUGAAUCCAAUCACCGCUAUCAACGAGCCCUUCCCGACGCCGUCCAUUCAGGGCGCCGUCGACGCCGCGACAACCACCCAUCCCCAGGGCCGCUUUCGCAUCGCGACCCGCAAGCUGCCCAUCUCCAAAUCGGGGCCCAUUGACGAAAUGACAGAACGUCUCAGCAUCCCCGUCCCCGAGAUGAUAUUCGGCGAUAACCUCGUCUCCCUGACGCACGCGCCCUCAGGCUGGUCUCUCGCCUUCAACGCCUACGACGCCCUCGACCACGUCGACAAGACCGAGAAGAACAUGCUCCAGGUCGCGUACGCCCGCGACUGGUCCAGCAGUCGCGAGAAGACAAGCGCCGGUAUCAAGGAAGUUGUCAAGCCGUAUGACUGGAGCUACUCGACCGACUACGACGGGACGCUCGCCGCGGGCGCGCAGGCGUUCCAGCCCACGACGAAGGAGAUCCCGCUCGAGUUGCUGAAACGCCGAGACCCUAUCCUCUUCUUUGACGAGGUCAUGCUGUACGAGUCUGAGCUUGACGAUAAUGGCAUUUCCAUCUUCAGUGUCAAGGUGCGGGUGCACGAGCAGCGCAUGCUGCUGUUGUGCCGGCUCUUUAUGCGGUUGGACAAUGUGCUCGUGCGUAUUCGCGACACGAGGGUAUACGUGGAUUUCGCAGAGGACUAUGUGCUCCGCGAGUAUACGGCAAAGGAGGACAGCUGGGCCAAUGUUAAAAGAUCCUUGUUCAUGUCUGGCCGGCUACCAGACGACAUAACGAUCGCGCUUAGAGACGCAAACCUACUGUCCACUCUGCUGCCGACAGUGGGCCGAAAGAUCGAAGAGGUCAAGCUGUCUUAA